UGAGUUGUUCUCGUCUCGUCGAGAUGUUACGCACAAUCCGAUCGCGCUUGGACUCUUGGCAGAACAAGAUCUCAGAUGAAUCAGUUGAAGUUCCCGAAAAUACCACAGCCAAAAAGGUUGAUGGCAAACUAUCGUGGUACUUUGCUGGAGGCUUCGUGGCAUUUUGGUCACUGCUCUUCUUCGCUGUCGUAAUUCCAUUGUUCUAUCGGUUACCAACACCUCUAACCAUGCAAGAUGCAGGCAAAAAUGUGUUUAUUGCGGAACGUGCCUACAAUAAUUUAUAUACUCUGUCCAACAUUGGUACCAAACUGACGGGUAGCGAGGAAAACGAAGUCGAAGCCGUUAAAUUCGUUCUUAACGAACUUCAGAGCAUCAAAAGUGUUUUAUUGACGGACUAUUUCGAUUUUGAAUACGAAAUAUCGCAGGCCACCGGAGGAUUUCCUUACAGCACAACGCUAAACUUUUAUAAAGGAGUUCAAAAUAUUGUUGCAAAGCUAUCGCCGAAGAACAGCACAAGCGAAAACUAUCUUCUUAUCAACAGUCACUUUGACUCGAAGCCAUAUACAAAUUCCGCAGGCGAUGCUGGAUUUAUGAUCGUUACAAUGUUGGAAGUUCUUCGAGUCAUUGCAACAACAAAACAACCUAUCGAGAAUCCAUUGGUAUUUCUGUUUAAUGGAGCUGAAGAAGGGAUGCUGCAAGCUUCUCAUGGUUUCGUUACUUCACACAAAUGGGCACCGCAUUGCAAAGCUGUUCUUAACCUGGAUGCUGGUGGCAGUGGAGGGCGGGAUAUUCUAUUCCAAAGUGGUCCUAAUCACCCAUGGCUAGUUGGUUACUAUAAAAAAUACAUAAAAUAUCCUUUUGCUACAACCAUGGCUGAGGAAAUCUUUCAAUCGGGAAUUAUUCCUUCGGAUACAGACUUUCGCCAGUUUAAUGCAUAUGGAAACAUACCAGGUUUGGACAUGGCUCAGUGUAUUAAUGGUUUCAUCUAUCACACAAAGUACGACAAUAUCGAUGUAAUUCCUCUUGGUUCAUUUCAAAACACCGGCGACAAUGUUUUAAGUUUGGUGCGAGGCUUGGCUAAUGCAACUGAAUUGCAUAAUUCUGAUGAUCAGAGCACUGGACAUGCUGUAUUCUUUGAUUUUCUUGGAAUCUACUUUUUCCACUAUACUAACACAACUGGAAAAGUUUUAAACUUUGGCAUUUCUAUAGCGGUGUUCGCUCUGGUUUCCAUUUCAAUGUGGCGGAUGUCUGUUGAUUCCGAUGAGUCAGUUCGUCAUGUGAUCCGCUGGUUUUCUCUUGUAUUUGUUAUACAGAUUACGUCCUUCGUGCUUGCUUUAGUAUUUCCGAUACUGGUUGCAUAUGCGAUGGAUGGGUUCGGACGUUCAAUGACUUAUUAUAGUACCCCGCUGCUAAUUAUUGGAUUAUAUGUGUGUCCCUCACUUAUUGGUCUCACUUUGCCCAUAACAAUCUAUUACACUCGUCAAAGCAACGAUAAACUGUCAAAACCUCAUCAUCUUCAGUUAGCGUUACAUAGUCAGGCCAUCAUUUUGGCCAUUCUGUGUAUUGUAGUUCAAGCAUCCGGUUUCCGUUCAGCAUACAUCUUCGCUAUUCCGCUUAUUUUCUACGUCAUUUCUUUGGUACUAAAUCUAAUAACCACUCUGCACGAUCGGGGCUAUGCUUGGUCAGCUCUGCUGAAGGCGAGCCAGAUUGUGCCUUUCCUGUACAGCAGCUAUAUUAUUUAUCUGUUCAUUGUGGUGCUAACACCUAUGGGUGGACGAUCGGGCAGUGCCUCCAAUCGCGAUUUAUUUAUCGCUGUUCUAGCAGCCAUAGGAACGAUUCUCUCCCUUGGCUUCAUGGCACCUUUAAUAAGUACACUGCGAAGACCAAGAGUUGUGUUAUAUGCUUUGUUGGCAACAACGCUUGUCUCUAUCAUUUUGGCUAGUACCACGCACUUGGGAUUCCCAUAUCGUCCAAUGACUAGUGGUCAGCGUGUUGCAUACUUGCAAGUGCGAAAUAUGUUCUACGAGUAUGAUGGCACUCUUAGUAAAGAUGAGUCUGGAUAUUUGUUUAGCUUCCAAGACCGACGGGGAGCGACUCCAUUCAAAGGUACAAAUGUCAACUUAACUGGUCUGGUUGACAUUAAAUCAAAAUGUGAGACCGACAUGAUGUGUGGCAUGCCGUUGUAUGACUAUCGCUAUUAUCAACAUCGUCUAUCGCUUAAAUGGUUGCCACGUUCCGAGCCAAUUGUGCCACCAGGAGAAAUGAAAUUGGAGCUGCUGAACAAAACCAUCGUUAAUUCGACAACAGCGCGCUACCAAUUUCAGUUGUCGGGGUCUAGCCACAUGAGUUUAUUCUUCCAAACGUAUAAAGAUGUGAAAAUUAUCAAUUGGUCAUUCGUAAAUAGCUAUCUCAGGACAGCUCAACCAUAUCACGUCUACCUCACCUACGGCAUUGAUGACAGCCCAUACAAUUUUAGUGUAGAUAUUUCGAAACCUGAUGGUGAUUUUAAUGUACCCGCGUUUCAAUUGGGCGCUUCAGCCCAUUUCAUUGGCCACCCUGGGGAUGACGAAGCUGAAAGAUACGCCGCAUCAUUCCCAAUAUAUUCCAUCUUGGCACAGUGGCCUGCUAUUUAUAAAAGAUACAUUUUCUAAUUUGUUUUUAUUUGUUGUUUUAUUUAUUUAUUUUUCUAAUUUGUCGUAUUUGUUCUAAUAAGUAAAUGAAAAUUUGCAACUAAUAA